AUGAGCCAGUCUGCGGCGGAUCCGUCAACAACGGCGACGGUCACAGCCCAACCCAGUGGCAUGCUCGCACCAUCACAUUGGGUCGACACAGCACCACAGGCCGAGGAAGAUGGCAAUCGGGGGGCAACAGUCGACGACGACGACUCGGCGUUCAUGGACGAGGGCGCAAGCUCGAGCGCCUCCAUCAGUUCCAGCAUCCUACAGUACCGCGUCAUUAACGGUCGGACGUACCAUUCCGACCGCGGUGACGCGACAUACUGGGCAUCGAACGACGACCAGCAGAACGAGUCGCUUGACAUCCUGCAUCACCUCUCUUACCUGUCGAUGAACGGCAAGCUCCAUCUUGCGCCGCUGAAGAAAGAGUCGGUCAAAAGUGUCCUAGAUGUUGGCACAGGCACAGGCAUCUGGGCCAUUGACUUUGCCGACGAGAAUCCCGGCAGCGAGGUCAUGGGCACCGAUAUCUCCCCGAUCCAACCCUCGUGGGUGCCGCCAAACCUUAGGUUUGAAAUUGAGGACUUUACCAAAGCCUGGAGCUUUGCUGACAACUCCUUCAACUAUGUCCACAUGCGAUACCUGUUCGGCAGUGUCACCGACUGGUAUGAGCUUUUCAGACAGUCGUACCGCGUCUGCCGACCAGGCGGAUGGGUCGAGAGCUACGAGGGCUCCGCCAUGUGCUACAGCGACGACGGCACUCUCAAGCAUGACAGCGCCAUGGCCGAAUGGGGCAAGUUCUUCAUCGAGGGUGCGAAAAGGCUGGGGCGCGUCUUCACACCGAUCCCUGACAGCCUCCAAGAGAAAGGGCUUGAGGCGGCCGGGUUUGUGGAUAUCACGUCGUCAACGAUGAAGAUUCCGGUGGGAGGCUGGCCAAAGGACGAGAGGCUGAAGGAGAUUGGUCGUUUCGCGCAGCUGACGCUCGAGUCGGACGUCGAGGGCUACGUGUCUUUCAUGGCUGGUCUGCUCGAGGGAUGGACUCAACAGCAGAUAUUGAUGUACUGUGCCCAGUUCAGGCGUGAGCUCAAGGCGAAAAAAGCGCACGGCUACUACCUACAACGUGUGGUGUAUGCACGGAAGCCUGAGACGUCAACAGCUUAG